UACGUUUGGGUUUAUUAGGACUGUUCACGGCUAAGAAAACAGCAGUUAGACGAUAGUUUUCUGUUUUCAGUUUCAUUCACGUUUUAUGCCUUUGAAUGUUUCAGUUGUUGUAAAUGUAGUACUUUAUAUAUUUUAAAAGCCAGGCUUAAAGAGUUGUGCGACGUUUACUGAGUUAAGCUCCGCCAGCGGUGCACGCUGACGAUAUAAACAAGCAGCUCGUACUGCUUGCUUCGGGGAAGCUUUUUUACCCUGCAGAUGGGUGGUUCUUUCUGAGAGGCGUUGACGCACAGCGACUGCACCAGGUUUAUUUAGCCGCGACUCCGAACUCCGUUUCAGACGCUGCGCACUGUGUUGCCAUUUCCAGCACUGCUAAUUUCGCUACGUGAGGUAUCUUGUGAAACACUUGUCUUCGCCAUGGCGGACUACAUUCAUGUCCCAGACGAGGCUCCCGCUGUGCCCAAAAUAGAAGUGACGGUCGAUGAGAACGACUACCGACCUGGUGCACUUCGGCUAAUGAAGGAGCUCAGACCCAACUGGAAACCUUCCGAAAUCAAAAUGAAGUUUUUCACCGAUGGAAUAACCAACAAGCUGCUUGGCUGUUACGUGGGCGCAGUCAUGCAAGACGUGGUUCUGGUCCGUAUUUACGGCAACAAAACAGAGCUGUUGGUUGACCGGGAAAACGAGGUGAAAAGUUUCCGAGUGCUGCAUGCACAUCGCUGUGCCCCAAGCCUUUACUGUACCUUCAACAAUGGCCUCUGCUACGAGUUUCUGCAAGGGACCGCCCUGGAACCUGAGCACAUUCGCAGCCAACCUGUUUUUAGGCUUAUUGCGAGGCAGCUUGCCAGGUACCAUGCCAUCCAUGCCCAUAAUGGCUGGGUGCCACGCUCUGACCUGUGGCUGAAGAUGGGCAAGUACUUUGCGCUCAUUUCCAAGUGCUUCAAGGAGCAUGACAGGUUGAGCUUGGAGGUUCCCAGCCCACAGCACCUCCGGAAAGAGCUGGUGUGGCUCCAGCAGAGCUUGUCUGUGCUGGACUCUCCUGUAGUUCUUUGCCACAAUGAUCUUCUUUGCAAAAACAUCAUUUAUAACCAGAGAGAAGGCAGUGUAAAGUUCAUUGACUACGAGUAUGCAGGGUACAAUUACCAAGCCUAUGAUAUUGGGAAUCAUUUCAAUGAGUUUGCUGGCCUGAAUGAAGUGGACUAUAGUCACUACCCAGAGCGGCCCUUUCAGCUACAGUGGCUCCGCUCCUACCUGGAGGCGUACAAGGAGCACAAAGGCCAGGAUGGUGUGGUCACUGACAGAGAGGUGGAGAUUCUCUAUGUUCAGGUCAACAAAUUUGCCUUGGCAUCUCAUUUUUUCUGGGGUCUCUGGGCUCUGAUUCAGGCCAAGUUCUCCACCAUUGACUUUGACUUCUUGGGAUAUGCAAAGCUGCGCUUCAACCAGUACUUCAAGAUGAAACCAGAGACAGUUGCACUGACUUUGCCCGAAUAAAAGCAUUUAAUCUCCUUCUCUCUUCCUCCUGCUUUCUCCCUGCCCCUCACAUGAUGACUGCAAGAUGCCCUCUAGAGGACUGUGUUAAGAAUAACUCAAGUUGAAAUUCCUGUUUGGUCCCCAUUGUCCUUUUCAACAGAGAUGGGACAGAAUGUAGUCCGAUCAUCUGCAGAUACAUCUGGAAAUUAAUUUUGAGGGUUAAAAUGAAGAACGGAUGUAAAUACUGUUAUAAUGUGAAGCCCGUGUGGCUGAAUAGUUUUCACUGAGUCACUUGUUUUGUACUGAUAUCAUCUGGGAUGUGGGCAUUAGACCAGCGUACUGUACUCUGUACUUCCAUCGCCUCCCCAUGUACUUCAUGUGUAAACUGUUGCAGAGACAGAACAAAGUCUCCUACAAACCAGAUACUGAGCAGACCCCUGGAUGUCUGAUAGGCGACCUAAACACUAAUUUGAUUGGCUUGCGAUUAUUUCCAUAUGUACAUAAUAUUGGAGAACAUGAAGAGUCUUAAGGGUAAAAAAAAACACAAAUAUUUUUUUAGGAUAAAGAAAUGCACAUAAACAGCUUUGUGUUCCAAGGAAUCAAUAUGGGUCUUUGAAUCUCAUGUGAUACAAGCUCCACCCCCUUCCUCCUGACUCUGUUUUCACCCUUAUGUUGCCCAGUGCUGCAUAUGGGUGCUACACCUGAGUAGCCGUGUUGUCACUGCUGUGCAGCUAAAGGAGGGCUGUUGUAUUUUGGGUUGCAGGAAAGCGCCUUGUGUUUACUUCUGACGUCUCCAUUGAGCUAAACUGUUGUGUAUCACUGGAUCGGCUCUUGACCUUUCGGGUAGUUUUCACUUUAAUGUAGAUUUUGUGCUUACUGUGGCACUUGGAUGUUUUUUUGUUGUUUUUUAUUUUUUUUUUCAUGUUAACUGCUUCCAGGAAUGCACCUCAGAGGAAUUUGAACAUUCCAUGUUCAUGAUUUCGUGCAGGAAAACAUGGUUGCACUCAUACGAUAGGUCAGUAGUGUUUAGUGGAUUGAACUCACUGUGAGACUGACUGUAAGCUAUACUGUUUUGGACAAGACCAAACCAUUUACACUGUCUGUGGGAAUCAUAUGUAGUAUUCCAUCACCAUGCUGUUCAGUUUGGGUCUCAUUAUGUACUUUAUACUGACCGCUCCUGAAUAACACAUUGAUUCGGCGUGAUUCGGCUUUGCUGAAAAUCAAAUGUCUGAGCCAGUUCUAGGUUUUGUUUAGAUUAUUGGUGUUUAUAAGGGGACGAGCACAGUGAACGUCAUUGUUUAAAAGAGGCAUGGGUCAGAAUGUGACUACCAGAAUAACCUUGUGUAAAAAUAGCCUAAUAUCACUAGAUUUGUACAAAAAAUGUAAAAUAAGCAUGUAAAACAUGAUAUAAUUGAUUUGAUACCCAAACCUUAUGCUGCUGUUGUAUAGCAAUGUGUAACAUUGCUUACUAUUAUCUUUCAUGUAAAUAUUAUUUUGAUACAUGGAGUUACAAAGCAAAACUAUAGAAUGAAAUUAGCCAAAUGUGUUUGCAAUUUUUAAGUUGGCACAGAAUAUUACAGCUUUUAGCUGGACGCUUGACUAGUCAGGCUAGACUUGGAGCUAGCCUGCAGCUGGCCGCUAAACGGGCGUCUCGCUUGUACCUUGCAAACUGUUCCGUGGAUUUAAGACAUUCUGGACUCGAUGAUAGGUGACGCACCUUAAGUUUCCACACUCCACAUGGUCCAUGUUUUUUGUAACCGUAAAUAUUUCCAAAGAGCUGAAUUUGUUCUUGUAUGCAAGUGGGGAAAUGCAGCUGUUGUUCCUACACCUAGCUGACCAGCAGUGUGCAGCAACAAGUGGGGGAGGGGCAGUGCUGCAUAAUUCUAAACAUCAUACAGCUGGAAAAACUCUGGUCAGUCCAGAACAUUUUCUGGCAUCUCCUUAAAAGGACCAUUGACUUUUUUUUUUUUUGUUAGUUAGUUUUUUUUUUCCCUGUAUUAUUUCCUGUAUUAUGUCAGUAAUUGGCCCAUGCCUAGUUUAACAUAUUAAUUAGCUGGACGAUGAGGGUUUGUUAGGGAGAAAAAGGUUUCUUACAGUCACUGAAAUUCUCUUAAUGUUGAAAAACGGAUUUAUUUCUUAGUCAUCAACCAAGCCAGCACCAAAGUGCUGCUACCUUGGUCAUACGUUGUGCAUAUUUCAGUUUUUACAGUUAGCGAUGUUUUUUAUAUAUGUGUUUUAAAAUGGAAAUCCUGUUUGACGGACACUGUCCAAAUUACCUUGGAAUGUAGUGAGGUGAAAAUGCUCUGUUGACCUGCUAAAGAGCAGGUAUUUCAAGGGUUAGUUCUGCACAACCUGUGAAAUUUACACUUCUAGUAAGUGAAGCUGAAAGCCUGUUCACUCGUCUCUAAAUUUCUUGUCUUUAUUGAUGAGGUAGAACUGAAAGAUAAAUGGGCAGCUCGAGGCGAACCCAGUGUAGCUGGGAAGUUAGGCCUGAGAUUGAUGUGAAAACUAGAGUACAGUUGAUGGAGAGUGGCUUGGACUUGUUGGACGGUAGUGUUCUUUUGGGGGUUCGGUUAAUUGACUUUCAGACCACGUUUACUUUAAGCAAAUUUACAUUUAUUUACUUUCUCAGAAUUUGAUUUCAAAUGUGACUAAUUUCUCUAUGAUUAAUCAUUCUUACAGGCUUUAAUUAUCAUUUCUGUUAAUGUAUAUGUGUCAUUUCUGACUGAAUUCUUUUAGAUAGUUCAGAACUAUGUGCCCUUAAAUCUCUUUGGCCACUGUAACAUAUGUACAGCAGACAUAUGUAAUGUAAUGCUUAGUCUACUAUUAGAAUUAAAAAUGUACACAGCAGAAUUUUUUUUUUAAAGAUUACAAUAAAGUGAUUGAUUUCCUGGUAUAAGAGGUUAUCUUGGAUGAAAUGAAGUAAAUGCCUUUGAAAAUAAAGUAUUUACAAAUUA